GUGCACUGUGUCCCUCGGACACAGCGGAUCACCGAUCAUUGGAAAGAGCCGAUAACGUCGGCUCGGUCAUAUGAUCAGCUGUGUCCAUCACAGCUGAUCACUGAUGAUCAGUGUAGCCCCAUCAGUGCCACCUGUCAGUGUCCAUCAAUGCCACCAGCCAGUGCCACAUCAAUGCCACAUAUCAGUGCCCAUCUGAGCUGCCUUUCAAUGCCACCUCUCAGUGCCAGUCAGUGUCGCCUAUCAGUGCUGCCAAUCAGUGCGCAUCAGUGAGGCCUAUCAGUGCGCAUCAGUGCGGCCUAUCAGUGCCCAUCAGUGCCGCCUAUCAGUGCCAUAUAUGAGUGCUGCCUUUCAGUGUCCAUCAGUGAUACCUCUCAAUGACCAUCAGUG